UGUCUCUUUAAAUGAGUGGCUGGGAGGUGUUGGUGGUGAAACAGCGACUGUAGAGCAACAGAACGAUAACUGAUCGCCUCCAGAAACAAAGGGAUAUUACGAUCCAUCGCGAUGGGCAUCAAACUGUAUUACACCACCGUCACUGCGUCGAGAGAGGUCAAGUCUCAGCAGGCCGAGGUCAUACGUAUUCUGGAAAGUAAGAGCAUCAAGUAUGAGCUGAUUGACAUCUCGGUGGGCGGUGAUGUUCGGGAAGAGAUGAGGAGUAAAUCUGGCAACCCCGCAGCAAUCCCACCGCAGAUAUUCAACGAGGACCAGUACUGUGGGAACUACGAGAUGUUUUCUGAGGCGGUGGAGGCAGACACAGUGGAACAGUUUCUGAAGAUUGCAUGAGGAGCCAAACCCGGUAGCAACCAUCAUCCUCUUCCCUUCCCUGCUCCAUGUCCACGUUCCCAAAGGAAGGCCUGCCUGUCCUCCUCUGCUCCGCCGGCGAGGCCUGCCUUCAGUGUCUCAAUGCCAUGCCACAUGCCAAAAACAAUCAACAGAAAAGCACACACUUGCUCUUGUACCACUAUAUUUACCCUCAAACGGAGACCCGGUCACUCAUUCAUUCCUUUGUUUCGAUGAUCAUGCUUAUUUCCUCUCUUGUGUCCUCUUAAACAGCACUAAAUUGUCUUAAUCUUGUUUGGAUCAGAGCGCUUGGAUGUGUAGUAAUUAGGUCACCAGGUCAAUCUGGGGAGCAACACUGUGUUUAUUCCAGACUGAACUAAUCCACAGUCCUUGAAAUACGAGAAUCAGUUUGUGUCCUGUAGUUGAAUCACAUUGCCAAUUUGUGUAGAAGGCCUUCAUAUAUUCCCGCCUUUAGUACUGAUAAAUCAUUUAGAAAUGGUCUGAAAUCUAUGUGUUGGUACCUUAAAAACACAGGCCCUGAUUUCCAGUAUGGUGUGAACCAGCUGCACUGGAUUCUCUAUCAAACACACUUCUUUGUAUUGGAUGCUUUGGCAGAGCUGAAGCCGCAGGUUUGCUCUCCGAGACCGGUUUCCAUUUAACAUUCCCAAAUUCAGGGAUUGAAAAACGUUCCACUGCAUUAAACUGUGCCAAUAAAUGUCUGUACGAAUGGGUUUUCCAUACAAGCAUUUUCCUCUGUCAUCUGGGUACAAACCUUAAUCCAAAGUCUGAAAAACCAUUAUAAGGAUGAAUCCCACAAUGAUUUGGUCAUGUUUUACUAAAAUAAGAAUCAUAUUUUGCUAUAUAUAUAUUACAUAUAAAUGCUUAACAUUUUUGCUAUAUAAUCAAAUUCUGAUAAUUUCAAAAUGCGACAAAGGCAUCAUUUUGCAAAAUACAAUUUGUUUCCGUUUAAUUUUGGACUGAAGUAUGAUCCGGACACAUUCUUGCCGGGUUCAGCCACUCAUUAAAUAGCAGAAUAAUGAGAGAGAUCAGCUCAGCUGCUUAACCCAGUGACGAGGCAAUAUACUCCAACACAUUCCUGUCAUACCGCAGAACUUCAUCUCAUUUCGUUCUGGUAAUGCACUAAGUGUCAGUGUUUCUGUGAUCAGCAGUGCAAACCUUCCCUGAGCUCGUAAUUAGCUCAGAUCUUCAGCUGCAACCACGAAAUUCAUCAUCUAGUAGCCGAAUCACUUCAUAAGGCAUAGUUCACAUGUGCAUGCUGCUCCAUCAAGUGUCAAACUGAGCUCACUGGAGGUUGUAGCAUUGACAUUUCCAGCAGGUUCUCCUCUAGCAUGUUGAUCAUAUUGGUACUUAAUUUAUACUGUAUACUUGGCACAGUCUUACAGACUUGAUGUACAUCUGAUUGCCAUGGGUAAUGUCUGCUGCUCUCAGUUGGUCUUGUUUGCAGUGUAGUCCACUGUUGUUCUCUACGCUCAAGAGCACGCACAGACAGCUGGCUCAUGAAAUGAUUGUGAAUCUUUCUCAGUCGUUAGUGUUUGUAAUGAUUUCUUGUGGUCUCUUUGUGCUGUACUGCUUUGCUUUUGGACCAACGCCCUUUUUGGCCGAAAUAAAAUAAUGAUAAUUAGGUAAAGAAA